AUGAUAGCAGACGGUGGCUACAUCUACGUAUGUGGCGCCACCAGCAUGGGCAAGCAGGUUCGCGACGAGCUAGAGCUUGCGCUGGGCAGCGCAGAUUACCUUGAAAGGCUAAAGACAGAGCAGCGUUAUGUGGAAGAGCUGUGGAAUGCCACCAGCAAGAUUCGGCAAGAGCAGUCUGUCGGCUGCUUGCAGCGGCUAGCUUCGACACCACCACCUUCUGAGCCGGCAAAAAGCGCGCCGCUGCCCGGUUGCGCGUUGCGUGUCGAAGGCCUGGCCCGCGAGCCGGCGAAGAGUGCGGAGGAGCUCAAGGCCGUGUUUCAGCGUGGCCUGGAGCAGCGUGCAGUUGCCGAGAACGCAAUGAACGCAGAGAGUUCAAGGUCACACGUUAUUUUCACAGUCUUCUUGGCGCAAGAUGUACCGUCCCAACAAGGCGGUGUAGAACGCGUCACCAGCAAACUGCAUUUCUGUGACCUUGGCGGCUGCGAGAGGUUGAAGAAAACCGAGGUCGAGCAAGAUCGGGACCGGCGACUAGAAGCCAUCGAGAUCAACAAAAGCUUGUCGGCACUUGGAGAUGUCAUAGAGGCUAUUGCAAAGAAGAGGAAGUACAUUCCAUACAGGAACCACAAGCUCACCCAGCUGCUGCAGGAUGCUCUGGGCGGCAGUGCCAAAGCCCUGAUGUACGUGAACUGCUCACCAGCACAAUCCAGCAUCAAGGAAACAGUGACAGCAUUGAAACUCGCGAGCCAUAUUGCUACCACGGCCUCUGAGAAGUGCAAAAAGAGCUUCAGCAACAGCUUCGUGAUGGGAGCCUUUGCUUUGCCAGUGCAGGUCUCAUGCUCUGGGACCAGUUUCGCUUCCUCAGGUGGGCAGCCAAGUUUGGCGCUCAAUAUGAACAUCACGAUACCCCUCGUGGAUUUGAUGGCAACCCUAGCAGACCUCCAGAAGGCCAGCCAGGCCAGUCAGCAAGGACCGGUGCAAGAUGAUAACCGGAUGUUCUUGGAGCCUGAGGACCUCGAGAUCGCCUCCUUGAUGGAGUCCCGCAGAGUGGAAAGCAAAGGCCAGGAGGUCGCCCCCAAGGAGUCACGAGAGGUUCCUCAGUGGGAGCUCAUGCCGCCGCCGACGCCGCAAAAGGACUUGCAGUGCCAGACGAUCCGCAUUACAAAUCUUAUCAAGGGCCUCAAGUCGACAGAGGUCGAAUCGGUGUUCUCCUCCAAGGUGGGGCCAGUGAGGGACUGCAGCGUGCGUGACACCACCGCGCGCAUCACCUUCGAUGCUGCCAACCAUGCGAAGCUAGCGGUGGAGAGAUUCAACGGAAGCAUCCUGGACACUCUUCCUGACGUAGGGCGUUGGCAGUCACCCGCGGGCAUUGAGCCGCAUGCUGCUGAACAGCCUAGGAGUCGAACGUUGCGGGCGAGAAGCCGGACUCCAGAGUCUUACACUUGCAGCUUGGCUGCUGUGCUUUUGUUUUCCUCUGUUUCAAGACUCCAAUCCACAGCAAAAGCCGCAAAUAGUCCCAGGCAGCCGGUGCCCUGGAACAACACAGGGACGGUCCUACGAGACACGCUGGAGCGACACUUGGGCAGCGAGGUCGACUCUGACUGUCAUUAUCGCCGUGGAGAUUGCUGGCUUACACUUGCCGCCGUGAAGAAGGUCCAAGCAGGCACAACCCAGUCGCCGGGGACUGACUCUCUCAAGGUCCUGUACAAAGGGAGCAUCAUCAAGGUAGCUCUUGACGCAGCAGAGGAGGCCCAGGCGACUGGAGUGGUCAAGGCUCACCGACAUCCCCGCGGCGAGCUUGACUUGCUGAGGGUCCUUCCUAACGAGGCAGUGCCCGAACAAAGAAGCGAGACACUGCUGGCGGGCUGGGCGGCGAUGAGAUCGGCUUCUGAAAUGCUUGCAGAAGUGAUGCAAGACUGCGAGCGAGACAGUUUUGACACGGUGCUACCCAUGCCUUGA